GCCUGCUAAAAAUUUUUUUAAUUUUUAAAAAUUUUUUAUCGAUUUUUAGAUUCUUCGAAAUUAAACCUAUUAUGAGUUCACAUUCUGACGAAAGUGACAACCCUUCAAGAAUAUCAGUUAAAAUCAUCGAACAAGUGAAGAAGUCUGGAGAAUUUGAUAAAUAUCGCAAGGAUCUUGUUGACAGUAUCGUUAACAGUAAUGACAUGCAAGGGCUUUUUGAUAACUGUAAACAAAUAAUUGAGGAAUGUUUGGCAGCCUCACCAGAUGCCGAUUUACAAAAGCACAGGAUUGCUUUUAUGCGCGACUAUGUUAAAGACGAAAUAAAGAGGCGCAGAAUUGUUGAUAAUUCCAUGAGGCAUGCUUUCAACGAUCAUAUGAAGCGGGUUGAACCUGUAUUAAUUUCAAGAAUGGAGGAAAUUGUACGAACCGAGUUGGGAAUGCCUCCUCCGACUAAGGAGGUCAAACAAGAAUUGCCUGAUGCCAACCUUGAAUUAAUUGAUAUGGAAGUUUCUAGCGGUGGACCCUCUUCAGUUUCUAUCUCUCCUGAUGCCCCAUCUCCUCUUCCAUCUUGUUCAUCAAGUGAUAGGGUUAAAACUGAUGAUAAGGUGGAGUCUGAAAUCAAGGCCGAACCCGAGGACAUCGACGACGAUGCUACUUUAGAAAAGUUUGCCGGUUCUUCAUGCACAUCAUCACUUUCUUGUAAUGCCUCCGAUGAUGGAAAAAAUUCAGAGAGAAGUACAGAAGCAGCCGAUGAUUGA